AUGUCCGCUUCCACACCUAAGCAAACCCUCGCCUUCUUCGGCGCAACAGGUGGGGUCUGCAACACGACUCUGGCCCUCGCCCUCAAAGCUGGAUAUCACUGCACAGCAUUAGCACGCACACCGCAGAAGCUGGCCGACAUGCUGCAAAUCGCAAACAAUGUUCCUUCGAAAGUUCUCGACGAGUAUCUUACAAUCUACGCCGGCGAUAUCAAAGACGUGCCCGCCAUCUCCCAGACCCUACUUAACCCACAAGACGCCUCCCGACUCGUAGACACUAUCGUGUUCGGCAUCGGCAGCUAUCCGAAGUUCCAAUGGAGUCUCCUUCAACCCAUCACGCUGCAAGACACCAAGGUCUGCGAAGACGGCACACGCAGCAUCUUCCACGCCAUCUCGAGCCUCGCAAAGCAAGGCAUUGCAUCAACAAGCACUGGCACUAGGCCGCUCUUUGUCAGCAUAUCCACCACGGGCAUCACCACCAAGACCCGCGACGUGCCCCUCUUCCUCGUCCCCUUGUACCACUGGACUCUCCACGUGCCGCACAUGGACAAGCAGAAAGCAGAACAGCUGCUCAUCAACGACCACAACCAGCACAUCCGAGACUGCGUCGUCGUCAGACCCACGCUCAUGACGGACGCUGAGCCAAAGGGCGUCCAUGCGCUGCGCAUCGGCUGGGAGUGGAAGGGGGAGGAGACGGAGAAGGAUGGCGUUAAGGAAGCUGGACCGCAGCUGGGGUGGAGCGUCGGGAGAAAGGACGUCGGUGGUUUCCUGUUUGAGAAAGUGCUUUGUGAAGGCGGGUGGGAGGGGAGGUGUGUGAGUUUGACCUACUGA